GUCGCUGACCAAGCUGGAGCUUCAUGCUUAACCCCGCCCCACAUCCACAUUCAACGGUCACCUGCCCCACCAUGACAUCGACAUGACAUUGUGGGAAAAUCCCAUCACGGGUGUCAAAGCUCGAUAUGGCCCCCAUGCUCCAUACAACGGAUCUGUAACCUACUUGAUCAGGUCAUGACGUUCAGCUAGUCUGUCUGGGCGUAUCUACAGGGCGAAUGAACAGCCACCGGCUCGUCGGUAGUUGUGUAGAGCUGCGGCAUUGAUGCGUGCGUAUUAACGAUGUUAGACCUAUGUCAUCGAUUCGUGCGUCAGAGCGCCAUAGAAAAGUAGGUGCAAUCCUCUGCUCGAUUUACUUGUCAAACACAAUCCACACACUCGUCCUUGCUAUCGUCUUUUUACCACUUUGAUACCACUACUACAUUCCACACAGUACAAGCAGCACGAAAUCCGCCCAAGAUGAUGUCCCAGGCUGCUAUGCAGGCCGAGAAGAUUAUCGGCCAUGGCGGUGAGGCUACCACGGCGCAGAAUGUCACAAAUCCUGGCAACUCCGCAGAGUACGCCGACCCUUCAGGAGAGAAGAUGAAGGCUCUGGUAUGGAUGGGCAAGAACAAGGUCGAGAUGACCGAAUGCCCGAAGCCGAGGGUCAUGGAGCCGCGCGAUGUGAUUGUCAAGGUUACAGGAUCCACAGUCUGCGGCUCUGAUCUGCAUCUGCUCCACGGCACAGUGGUUGAGCUCCAGAAGGGCGACAUCCUCGGACACGAGUUUUGCGGUGUCGUAGACGAGGUUGGCAGUGGAGUAACAAAGUUCGAGAAGGGCCAGCGCGUAGUAGCGUCCUUCCAGAUCGCUUGCGGAGACUGCUUUUACUGCAAGCAGAAGCUGUCUUCGCAGUGCGAGAAGACCAACGACAACACUAUCGAGAACGCCAUGUACGGCGGUCGCACGGCAGGCAUGUUUGGCUACUCCCACUUCACUGGUGGGUUUGCUGGCGGGCAGGCCGAGUACACACGCGUUCCUUACGGCGACGUCAACCUCCUCCCUCUCCCCGAUGAUGUCCCCGACGAGGAGGGUCUCUUCCUCUCCGACGUCCUUUGCACAUCAUGGCACGCGGUUGUCGAUACAGGUGUGAAGAAGGACGAUGUCGUCGCUAUCUGGGGCGCUGGCCCAAUCGGACAAAUGUGUGCGGAAUUCUCCUUGUUGAACGGUGCAAAGAGGGUCAUCAUGAUCGACUCAAACUGGCGUCUGGACUUCAUUAAGAAGAGCUACCCUCACAUCGAAACCAUCGAUUUCUCCAAGCUCGGCAAAGGCGAGUCGGUCACAAGCAAGCUUAGGGAGAUGGUCGAUAACCGCGGUCCCGACGUCUCCAUCGAGUGCGCCGCGGGUGAAUACGCGAAGGGCUGGGCCCACUACUUUGAGAUGAUGCUCGGUCUUGAGACCGAUACAUCCGAGCUCGUCAACGAAAUGAUCACCAGCACAAGAAACUUCGGUAGCUGUGGUAUCACUGGUGUUUACGUCGGUUUCACAAACCACUUCAACAUCGGUUCGCUCAUGGAGCGCGGCAUCCGUCUGAUCGGUAACGGUCAAGCGCCUGUUCACAAGUACUGGGAGUCGCUCCUCAAAAUGAUCCAAGAGAAGCAGAUCCACCCUUCGAAGAUGGUAACGCACCGUGUCAGCCUCGAUGACCUUGAUAAGGUAUAUUACAAGUUCGAGGAGAAGGCCGAUGGUAUGCAGAAGGUGUUCGUGGAGACAAAGUGGUCCUUCCCUGCGUCGGAGAAGUCGCCUCCUCUCACCAGGUACUAGAGGGCACGCUUUAGUACACGCUUGACAACACGAUAACUUGAUACCUAAUGAUACUCUAAUGAAUUUUGUUAAUACCUUAUUUUACAA